AUGGAGAUGCUAACCAUAACGAUGCUGUUGGUGGUGGAUCAUAUCAUCUCAACAGUUCAUUGCGAUCCGAUGACGACCGCUGUUGGAAAUAACGCAACAACCUCAGAUGCUGACGAGUAUGUAAAUUUUAGGAUGAGGGAGUCGCUGUACAACUUCGAUAAGACCAUAUUCGUUGGGUUGGUCGGUACUACUAAGGUCAUUCCACUCUUUCUCAACGCCAAACUGCCCGACUCUGAGUUCACUGACAUUGUGAUAUCGAAGGAGGGAAAUAGCAUUGCCACCUGCACGAAAUCGAAGAUUCAAUGUGUUCCUUCGGCAUCAAAUAAUCUGACGACGGACAAUGUGAAAGUCUACUUCGAAGGUGUUCAAGUCAUCAACAUUCAAAUAACCAACGUAACCAUGCAAGACGCUGGAUUUUACGAUGCGUCUGGCGGAGGGGAUGAGAUGGAGGUAGCAGCAGAACUCAUGGUCGUCGAUAAGCCACAAUGUGAGGCAGGUUUGUAUCAGGGCGAGGCCAAUGAUACCGAACUUCUUACCGAGAACAUGACCGUUGUCGAGUUUUCUACUUUGAAACUGCACUGCAGACUCGAGUACCGAGUCACUCCGACGUCUAUUAAACCGAUUCUCGAGUGGAGCUCCGGCCCGGAAACAGUUGUGAAUGUCGGUAAGAAUGCUACCGACAGAAAAGGAUGGCUGACUAUCAACAAUUAUGUGUCAGUUGAUCAUCUGACUAACUUCUCGCAAUUGAGAUGUCACAUGUUCGUGCCAGUCACUAAGAAGCAACUUGGAUCACUUGAUUUCGGCAACACUGAAAAAGAGAAAUCAUGGCGGACGGUCGAUGACCCCGACCCAAUCGAUCUCUACUGUGACAUUCCUGAACCGACUAUUGCGUUUUGUCCAUCGGAAGUGAGCAUAACGGAGAAAGUUUUCACAAACGGAACUCGUUUACUAGUAUGCAGGGCGCCAUCUUAUCCGCCAUCUCAGUACGUCUGGGAAUCGACCAACCAAGUAUUUGAGCCGACGAUAAGUAAUCAGGUUAUUGUCGAGAGAGCCGGGUAUUAUACCUGCACAGCUAAGUACCCGAUAAAUCCAUACAACAUUGAGUGCAGGUCCAAGCUGGGUCUGCAUUUAGUUACUCUGAUGGCUGCUGGAACUUUCCACAUCAUGGUCAUUUCUUUCCUCACUAUAUCUGGUUUCUUCAUCCUCGUCUCGAUCGGGUUUGCCAUAAAGGGCUUGGUAGACAAAAAGCCACCUGACUUUUUGAAAAGGAAGCCUCAAAAAACAUUCAAGAGAGAGGAUAUAAGAAUCAGUGGUUUGAGUCAGGAGAAGUCGGAGACGUUCGAUCCAAACAGACCCAAAGCGAUUAAGUUUACCGGCGGGCCAGAAACAAAUUAAAGGUCGUGGAAUCAGAAAUUUACAUAGUUACGUUGUAUAAGACGUAUUUUCUUUAUUUUAUUUCGUUCUUCUGUUUGAACAAUUGCUUCCAAAAUUGAUUUAUCAAAUUUGGUGUACGAAAUUUGAUUAAUGAUUUUAAUUUUCGUGUAAUGAAUUCGUAUAUCUUGUAUAUAUGGAAUACGCCAUAUAUGGAAUGUAACAUUUAUGUAUUUAAUUUAAUUAAUAUAAUGUUUUAUUCUA